UGUUCUUAAUAAGAUACAUACUUAUUUGCAAGUUGGGUGUAUUGAUCUCCAAUCUCGAACUUGCUGUGGAGUAUUGGUAUGUGUCAAUAUGUAGCAUUUGAUGUCAGUAGGAGUAUAGUUCUGUAUUGCGUGUUUUUUGUUAAUUUAUUCAUUGAUCUUAUGGGUAUUCAUGUCAUUUAUCGUUAAUCCAUUUACUCGUAAAUUGACCAAUAGGGAAACAAGUUAUAAAUUUUUGCUCCAUUUGCUAGCUCAUUGACCAUUCAGAUAUGUACUGCAUAUGUUAGUAUGCUACUGCGUCUUGUGGCGGAUCAAGAGCUUCAUUGGCUAUGAAAUUGGCUGCUAUGCUUUCUAACUUAUUUUUUAUGCAAAAUUUUGGGGUUGAUAUUAAAUUACUAAAAGAUAACAAAUAUUAUUUUCAUGAUUUUAGGGAGACCUUCUUUGAUAGUUGCAGAAAAUUCCAGAAUAAUAUAACAAUGGAUGGAGGUGGUAAAGAUGUCCAUUAUUUGUUUGCAGAGAAAGAUGUUCUCAAAUGUCGGAUACUAAAUUUGAAUAACCAAAUCAAUACAUUGAGAGAUUCGACCUCAACUUUUAUCCAAGAGAUUAUUGCAGGACUCCGCACUACUAAUUUUGAAUUGCAGAGCAAUAUAGGUGUUGGAAACUUGGAAAAUGAGAAGCUUCUCAAGGAUAUUCAUGAGUUAAGGAGUUCACAGUGUGCCAUUAAAACAAUUGAUGACAAUUCAUGUAUCUUACUCCAAAUUGCUGCAAAUGAGGAAGAGAUAAUCAAAUUGCGAGGUUGCAUCGGAGGCUUUCAGGCUCAAUUGGCCCUUUAUGCUUGUAAGGGAUGAUAUUUCUUUGAGGAGCAUCUAGUAAUAAAAAGUUAAGUCUUUGUUGCAAUCAAGUUGAGUUUUUGUUGCUCGACAGAAUAUCAGGGAGAAACAUAGACACAAGUUAGAACGUGUGAUUUCCUUCCAAAUUAUGACAAAUACAAGCAGUAGGAAGCUUAUUAUAUUGCUCGGAAAAGUAUCUG